UACGUCAUUACAUCACUUCCUGAUUACGUUUCCUCUUGGGCGCCUCUUUUUGAAAUCAGUAGCGGUCAUAUCGAUCUAAAUGGCAUCGAUUAAAGAUCUGGAUGUUGGGGAACAGUUCAGCAGCAAGCUGGAGGAAAUCAGGACUAAACUGUUGUCUCAGGCGAUGGGCGAAAUGCUGAACGAAGCUACAGCGGAGUUCUGCCAAGCGCACAAGCAGUACAUGCAGUCUGUUCUGGAUACAUGCUUGAAAAAGUGCCGGGAAGAUGAGACCAUGUUUGAAACCAUACAGGGUUAUACAGAAGAGGUGAAACAUCUGAAUUCCAUCACGAGGGAGAGAAACGGAGAACGGCCAGAAAUCUUGGGAUCGAUCCAGGACAAAGAAAGCCAUAAAGAGCACCUUAUUCAAAACAUUGAGAAGCUGAAGCAAGAGCAGGCCAAGAAUAGAGAACUGAUUCACUCACAAAACAAAGCCAACAAGGACCGGCUAAAGAACUUGAACAAAGUUAAAGAGAUCUUCAAGGAAUGGCUGAGCCUUGAGAUCAGAAAAAUCCAGGGUGAGAAGCUGCAGUUCAUCUUUAGAAACAUCGACCACAAGAAUCCACAGAAUGCCUACACCUUUGUUUUAAGGAUAAAUGAGAAUGGAGAGUACCAAAUCGUCUCGUGUGAUCCUCCCCUGGCGACCAUGGAUCAUCUGGAGCGUCGACUCCAGGAGACCAACAACCUCUCUGCCUUUCUGGCUAAUGUCAGGAAAGAGUUUGUGGCACUACAUAAUACUACAAAGACUGCCUGAGUUCAUACAGCGAUUAAUAAUCAGCUCAGUUCUGUACAUUUUUAACUGUUGAAAAGCUAUAACACAGCCUUUUACUAGCAAGACUGUGACUGUGUGCUUAUUUUGUUCGUAUUGUUUCUUAUUGUGAUACCUGUAUAUAAGUCUUUUUGGUGUCUUUUACGUAAUAAAAUAUGUUCAGUCA